UCUUCACUAUGUCCCUUUAAAUACUCCUCACCACAACCCUCUAUAAAUAAACACCACACAUCAAAAUAUUUCACUAUAGUUCUAUCUGAUUCAGUCUUUGUCGCUUCGAUUCGUGUAAAAUAUCAUGACUUCAGAGAAUAAUAAGAAACCUGAUCAUGAUGAUGAAUUAAGGAGCAACUACGACACACCAAAGAAACUUUCUCUACCAACAAUAUUAACACGGCCGGGGUUUUCGUCGGAGGCACCAACUCCACCACCGCGAACAACGGUUAUAUCGAUACCGUUUAAAUGGGAGGAAGCACCAGGGAAGCCUAGGUCAUGUCAUACACGACCAGAGCUUAGAGAAAGAGAAGUUAACAACGUUGUUAGAGCUUUGGAACUUCCUCCUAGGUUGUUGUCUUUGGAGAGGGAGAGUACUGGCAAUAUUUACGCACCAUCACCCACAACUGUUUUGGAAGGUCCUUACGUUGGACGGGCUGUGUCUUUUACGACGUCGUAUAGGGAUAAUAAUAACAAGGACAGUGUGAAUUUUGGGUCUAGUAGGUGGGGUGGGUUGAAGAAAAAUAAUAGAAUUGAUCGUGAGGGUAGUUUUGACUUUUCAAGUUGGAGUGUUGAGGGUGGUGAUAAGGUGAAGAUCACAAGAGUUAAGAGAAGGGGAAGCUUCUCACAUGGAACUUCACAUUUUUGGGCAAGUAUUUAUGGAAGCUUUAAGCAAGUGGUCCCAUGGAGGCGCAAACAAGAAAAACAACAAAAUUGAUAACGUUUGAUGUUUAACCGAUCUAAAGUUAGAACCGUCUCUCUUACCUUUUUCCUACAAAUAACAUUACCACUUUUAUUUGUAUAGUAGAAGCAUAUGAAAACAUCAAAAGUAGGUCUAAAUUUAUGGUUUUAUAAAUUAUAAACCAUGUCUUAUAUUACAUAUAAGCUAAAAAGUAUAUGUAUAUCUUAUCGACGACACGUACUUUUUUGCUUAUAUUUAAGUUCA